AUGUCUGCCAUCAUUUCUCCCCAGCUGCAUGACCACACGGUCAAGUACUUGUCAACGGCUACAGGGCGUGAUCGCAUUCACAGGUUCCUUCAAUAUUUCUCGCGUUUCCUCAUAUGGCACGGCCAGAAGAACGGCUACGAAAAGGAAACCCUUGAGCGCCUCACCAAAUUUAUGGGAAGUCUUGCUCAAACCCGAAAGCUUAUGCGUGUUGGUCGUCAAAUUGAAUUUGUGCGUAACAUUCAAAAAGCCCAAACUCUUAGAGACGAUGUGUCGCGUGUCACCCUCAUUGUUAAGAACGCAUUCCUUGCUCUCUGGCUUGUCCAUGACACCUGUCAAUGGGCAAACACCGCCGGUGUAGUGAAGUUUGAAAACAUCAAGGACCUCAGUCGUCGGGGCAUGAAAUGCUGGUUGAUUGCGCUGAUUGCCUCAUUCUUGGGAGAUUUGCACAAGCUUCGCCUCAAUUCCCAGCGCAUUCAACACGAGAGCAAAGUGCUGAAGGCUUCACAAGCAAAAGGUCUCCCUGAUGAUACGGCUGUGAAAGCCCUCAAAACGCUUCAAAUCGAGCGCAACAAGAUUAGAAUGGCCACCCUCCAGGACUCCCUCGACAUUCUGAUCCCUGCUUCUGGUCUUGAAUACGUCAAGCUGGAAACCGGCAUUGUUGGCCUUAUUGGUGCCUUCACCUCCAUUCUUGGUGGAAUCACCCAAUGGAGGAGCAUCUAA